AUGGAUGAUGAAGACUGUGAAAGAAGAAGGAUGGAGUGUUUAGAUGAAAUGUCCAAUCUUGAAAAACAGUUUACGGAUCUCAAAGAUCAACUUUAUAAAGAACGAUUAAGUCAGGUGGAUGCAAAACUACAAGAAGUCAUAGCUGGAAAAGCUCCAGAAUAUUUGGAACCACUGGCAACCUUACAAGAAAAUAUGCAAAUUCGUACCAAGGUAGCAGGAAUCUAUAGAGAGCUCUGCUUAGAAUCUGUAAAGAACAAAUAUGAAUGUGAAAUUCAAGCUUCUCGUCAGCAUUGUGAGAGUGAAAAACUUUUGUUAUAUGACACAGUUCAGAGUGAGCUAGAGGAGAAGAUUAGAAGGCUUGAGGAGGACAGGCACAGCAUUGACAUUAGCUCAGAGCUCUGGAAUGAUGAACUUCAGUCGAGAAAAAAGAGGAAGGAUCCUUUUAGUCCUGACAAAAAAAAGCCAGUUGUUGUUUCAGGUCCAUAUAUUGUUUAUAUGCUACAAGAUCUUGAUAUUCUUGAAGACUGGACAACAAUUAGGAAGGCAAUGGCCACGCUCAGUCCACACAGACUGAAAACAGAACCACCUGUGAAAUUAGAAAAGCAUCUGCAUAGUGCUAGAUCUGAAGAGGGAAGACUGUAUUAUGAUGGUGAAUGGUAUAUACGAGGACAGACGAUAUGUAUUGAUAAAAAAGAUGAAUGUCCUACAAGUGCUGUAAUUACAACAAUUAACCAUGAUGAAGUUUGGUUUAAGAGGCCUGAUGGAAGCAAAUCUAAGCUUUACAUUUCACAGCUACAGAAAGGAAAAUAUUCAAUUAAACAUUCGUAAUUAUGAUUUAAGUGUUGUCUAAAUCUACCUUGUUAGUGUUACAAAUUUCAGUGUGCCAUGGGAGAGAAAAAAAUGUAUUCAGCAACUUACUAUUCUCAUUGAGUCAUGAGAGAAUGUGUAUUUGUAGGUAGUAGACCUCAUAUUAUGUGUUAUUAAAAGAAGCAGUAAUAAAAAAAGUUUAAUCAUCGUCAUUACAUUUAUUUGCCUCUUAGGUCCAAUUACCAAUGCUAUAUAUGGUAAGGAUUUCCUUUGAAGAGUUUUUCUUUGGUUUUUUUUUUUAAAUAAUCAUGCAGCUCUGUCUACUCUUUAGUGAACUAUGGCUAUGUUUAUCUGCAGUUUUUUUAUUUUCCAUUUUUGUCACUCAUCAUGUUUGCAAAUAAGACUGACAAGAUGUUUCCUAUAAAUGGUUUGUAUUAGUAUAUUAGUGUUAAAUCAGAAUUGAAAUUUAAAUCCAUAUGAGUAUGUAUAUUUAGCUUCAUCAGCUUGUUUAGAACUGAUGGUCUUAUGUUACAAUCUAGAUUUCCCAAAAUUGAAAUAUUUGGUUUGAA